GGGGGCGCCAUCGUCACAGGGUGGCGCGCGCACCCCGGAAGCAGCAGUGGCCGCACCCGGAAGCGGCGACGAUACCCGGAAGCGGCGGCGGGGCAGGAUGGACGACACGCUCUUCCAGCUGAAGUUCACAGCAAAGCAGCUGGAGAAACUUGCCAAAAAAGCUGAGAAGGACUCCAAGGCGGAACAAGCCAAAGUCAAGAAGGCCCUUCAGCAGAAGAAUGUGGAGUGUGCUCGUGUCUACGCAGAGAAUGCCAUCCGCAAGAAGAACGAGGGGCUGAACUGGCUCCGCAUGGCUUCCCGAGUGGAUGCGGUGGCCUCCAAGGUGCAGACAGCAGUGACAAUGAAGGGGGUGACGAAAAACAUGGCUCAGGUGACCAAGGCUUUGGACAAAGCUCUGAGCUCCAUGGACCUGCAGAAGGUGUCUGCAGUGAUGGAUAAGUUCGAGCAGCAGGUUCAGAAUUUGGAUGUUCAUACAUCGGUCAUGGAGGACUCCAUGAGCUCCGCUACCACGCUGACCACACCACAGGAGCAGGUGGACAGCCUCAUUGUGCAGAUUGCAGAGGAGAACGGUUUGGAGAUCAUGGACCAGCUCAACCAGCUCCCUGAGGGUGCUUCAGCAGUAGGGGAGAGCUCGAUGCGCUCCCAGGAAGACCAGCUGUCACGGAGGUUGGCUGCCUUGCGGAAUUAGAUCUCCUGUUACCCCUGCGGACUGCUGCCAUGCUGGUUGUAUGGUGUAUGGGGACGGAGGGACUCAGGACUCCUUCCUCUCUGCCUCUAUCACAUCCUUGCUCUGACCUGCUGGCUGGGCAGGGCCAGCUCCUUCUGCAGCAGCGUGUCCCCAGCCCUGUCCGCCUCCCUGCAGACUCUUCUUUUGGGGUGCAGUAGUGACCAGAGCAGGCAGAGAUCCCGACAGGGGGUGUGGAGCCAAGGACAGCCCUUCUCUGGGCUUGACGAGUACUUUGCUGUUUCUUAUUUUAGGGUGUUUUUCAUUUGAGGGUCGCUGCCGGCUUCUCGCAGCGUCCCGUGAUGCAAUGUGAUUUAACACUAAAUGAAUCUUUCUGGAGGUGGGUCGCAGUGUCUCCUGGGGUGCUGGCUGCCUGCCUCUUCCCUGUGUUGCCUGCUUCUGUUGUUACCUAGUUUUGGGCUUCUGUACUGUGGGCAGCACUUUGCUGGGGACCUACAGCAAGUGUCUGUCCCCAUGGAGAAGAUUUACAGCAGGGGUUGGGGGGAGGCUAUGGUGUUCCUGGGGGGCUUGUGCCUUGCAGAAAGCGGUGCCCUUCCCCAGCCCUCACUGCUCGGUCCGUAGCCGUAUGUGGGUGCCCUGCUUGCAGGCUUCUCCUUGCAGAUUCACCUCGUCACAACAGGCCAACCCCCCUUUGCUUCUCUUGACCACAAAGUGACCUUUAAAACCCUCCUCCUGCCCUGCACAAGCCUGUGUGUGCGAAUCCUUGCAUCUUCCACCUCCCAGCAGUGCGGUGUGGCAGUGAGUUCUCCGUGCCAUGACUCACCGUGUGCCCUGCAGCUGCAAGAGGAUCUCAGCUGCCUUCAGCCUUGGUGACCCAGACUUCUGCCACUGGAUGGGUUUGCUGGUGUAAAUACCAAACUGCCCUGAGUGUGCAUCAUCCAGCCCUGCUCUGUGCCUGGCCCCUGGCUCUCCCUGCUGUCGCUCCCACUCUGCUAUCCCCACAUUGCUGCAUCUCUGGUGUGCCUGAGCUCUGCUCUGCUCUGCUCCCACAACCCACAGUGGAACACUGUUGCUCAGAGCCUUCCUUUGGGCUGAGGUUUUCGCUGCCCACCAAGAUACAGGGUGGAUUGGCAGCUUACAGGAAGGAAAUGAAGUUUCCUUUGCCUCUCACAAGGAAGAAUUGCAGGCUGCAAGCAGUGUGCUGCAGCUGCCUGGCCCUGCAGUGCUGGAGCCAAGCUGUGAAGCAUGCAGCCAGCCCUGCUGUGGCGUGGCAGCUUCACUUCAAUGCUGCAAUGGGAGCUUUCAGUCAAGUACAGCUGCAGUGGGAGUGGGACCUUGACUGCUAUCAGCAGGGCAACAGCAGUGUGGGGAGAGGGCAGGCGGCUCCAUCCCUCAUCCUCCGGUGCUGGCACCCAGCCCCAGGGUCACAGACACCGCAGCGCUUGUCACAAAAACAAUUCUCACUGCUUUGAUUAUUUUUUCUGAGUUCAAUGACCGUGACAGCACGUGGCUGGUGACCAAAAGAGCCUUCUUCCCUCGUGUGCUGCGGUAGGGAUGAGGGGUGGUGAUGAGGGCAUGGGAGGUGCCUGCACCAUGCAGUGGCACUGCUGCUGGCUCCUGGCCCUGCGUGGGCGCCGUGUGUGGGGCUGGGGACUGGGAUUAGGCUCAGGGUGACCGAGACUCUGCCCCUGGAGUCACUCCCUUUUCCCAUCUGAUUUUUCUCUGUGUCUUGAUCCGUGGUGGUAUUUUUUUAAAGCUUGUCUCGUUUGCCUUUUUUCUUCUCCAAAACCCUGUUGAUUACCUAAUGCUGUUUUAAAUAAACACUCUGAACAUCCA